AUGUCCAAAGAUCAGCAACUGGACCAGGUUGCACCGCUCCAUAUUAUUAAGAAAACAACGAGCGGUAGUCCAAAGUUGUCAGAAUGGUCUUCCGGUAGUCGACACGACCCUCAGCAAAUGAACUGGGAACGCGCGGCCUUAAACGCGUCUUCGCAACAAGCUUUAACGCCUGUGGACAUGCGGCCAGCCGGUCUUUCUAGCCCAGUUUUGUCGCCAUCAUCGCCUUCAUCUUCUUCUUCAUCAGCGUCCACUACACCUAAAUUCCGGAAUAAUAUUAGUCGUAACCAGCUAAGUUACCGUGGUCCAUCAUCAACCAGUACUUUGGAUGGAGCAAAGCCGUUUGAGUCCCCGCAAUAUUAUUUGCGCCAGCCGUUUGAGCGAGAAGAAGAAGAAAACGAAGAUGAUGAAGAUGAUUAUGAAGAUAAGUUCGACUUCACCAACCAUAGCAAAAUUGAAAACGCAAAUGAUCAGGCGCUAGACGAUAUGAUUGCACGAUAUGACUGGGAUAAUUCUCCUCGACCUUCACAGGAACUGGUUAGGGCACCAUCUGUGUCUCAAACUAUGACGACUGAAACAAAGUUUUACAGCAGCAGCAACAAGCUUUGGUCCACCCAACGACUUGUGUUGUCUCAAUCUCCCCUUCCUAUCCAGCAACACGCCCAUCCUCAGAAUAUCCAUCAUCAUCAUCAUCAUCAUCAUCAGCAGCAGCAGCAGCAGCACAUUGCAAACCACCUUCAAAAUCCUCACUUCUCAUCUACUCUGGCCUUGAACUUUGCUUUGCAGCCUCUAGCUUGUCUUCCUGCUGGCCGUUCAGACCCCAUGCUUAUGGCCUCAUCUUCUGCGCAACAGUAUAUCCCCCCAACAUCCUCAUCUGCUUCUCUCCAUAUAGGUUCUCAAGUACCAUCUGCACCACACCACUACCAAGGAGGAAUUGCAAUAGCAGAGUCAAAUCGCUCAUUAUCAACAAGUUCCAAAGUUUGCUUCCCUCAGCCCCAGUCUCUUCCUAAUCUUUUGCCGCCAUUUAUUCGGUCUUCUUCGCUUCCACUUUCUCCACCUCCAUCUUUACCAUUACCUCAAGCCCCAGCGGGAUCGGCAUUUUCCUUAGCUUCCAACUUUUCAUCUGCCUUUUCGUCUUCUUCAUCGCCUGAAUCAUCUGGUCCUUCUUCUCCAUCGUCGUCAUCAGAAUCGUCACCGUCUUCGCCCUCUUUCUUUUUAUCAUCCCCAAUCGAUUCGUCAAUAACAACAACGCCAGUCGUCACGCCACUGUUGAAUCACAUUUCUGCUCGCUCAGCGCAGGCACCAACUCCGCCGGGUUCACCAUCGCCCAAAGUGCCACCUAUUUCACCUCGUCGAGCUGAGUUAAAACAGCAACCAAUCCGGGGUAGUAUUGAAACAAUAACUGUUCAGGCAAGUGAAAACGUGGUGAAUGAUUCAGCAGCUAAGCUCAAAACAAUAACCCAGUAUCAUCAACAGAAGCAAGAGCAGCAGCCCAUGACUUUCUCUCGAGUAGGAACUGGUUUCAGUCGUUUUGAAACACCCCCAACGUUCGUCAAUGGUAUUCAAAACGAGGGAAAGGUAUCAUCAUUCUCUUCUAUACAACAGCAAAAGUUAAAGAAUCAAUCUCAAAUACCACAACGCAGUGUGAAAUUCAGUACCAAGCCGAUCCAUAUAGGGAGCUCAUUAAACCAUCAGCAACAGCAACAGCAACAACCAUCAAUAAUGCGAGAAAGUGCAUUAAGAGCAUCUUUGCAAGAAAGAAAAAGUCAAUCCAAUCCAAGGAAAAAAGGAGGCAGCGGGAAUAUUCCUGGUGCAACAAUAGCAGCAGCAGCAGCAGCUGCUGCUGCUGCUGCUGCUGCCGCAGCCGCGGCUUCUGGGUCUGGAUCUUCUUCAGCUUCUGCCAAUAUUAAUAAGACUUCUUCUUCUUCAACAACAACAAAUGUUCAACCGGUAGCUCCUCGAUCGUCGUCUUUGUCUGCACGACUUUUGGGUCGUCCUUCACCAUCACUGUUUGGAUAUCAUGAUUCUUCUGGUAGAACGGGUAGCAUGACUGGAUCUGUGCGGUCUGUUCGGUCAGUGCGAUCUGGUCAGUCACUGAACUCGGUCAAGUCUGUGCGAUCUGGUCAGUCAUUGAACUCGGCCAAGUCUGUGCGAUCUGGUCAGUCACUGAACUCGGUCAAGUCUGUGCGAUCUGGUCAGUCAUUGAACUCGGUCAAGUCUGUGCGAUCUGGUCAGUCACUUAACUCGAUGAGGUCUGUGCGGUCUGGUCAGUCAAUGAGCUCGGUGAAGUCUGUUCAAGAAUCAAACAUGCAAGCUGCUCGUCAAGCACAAGCUGAGUUGCAUUCUCAAAUUAGCUCACGUCGCCAAAAAUCAAAUCAACUUGUAUCACCGCCUCAGCAGCAGCCACAAGCUGGUGUCAUGUCUGGUCACUCUUUCCUGGAUACAUUUGCCAAGGCAAAAAAGGAAAGCCCAAGAAUGCGGGCUAGCACAAGUAUGCCUGCUUUGCGGGCACUGGUACUUGGACGUGAUGGUACAACUCGUAAAGAUUCUUUCACGGUUCCUCCGGUUCCUCAGGUUCCUCAGGUUCCUCAGGUUCCUCAGGUUCCUCCAGUCCCUCUAGUCCCUCUAGUCCCUCCUAUUCCUUUAGUCUCAUCUGCACCCAAAACUGUUCAAUGGGAAGACAAUCAGCAACCACUUUUGUUAGCUAAGUCUAACAAAGAUUCUGGUGGAGACAUUAGUGUGAAUGAGAGCAGCACUAUUGACAACAGAAGCGGUAAGAACAACGAUGGUAUCAUCAAUACUAGGACUUUUGCUGCUGGUACCACCAAGACUACCUCUACUUCUACUUCUACCGCUACUACCAACUCUACCACCAGCACUACCACUACCACAGCGACUAAUGGGCUCGGGCGCCACGUGAUUGUUGCUGUGACAAAAUACCCACUGAAUGAUUCGGCAUCUGGUGUCCGGGCAACGCCGGCAGAGGAAGGAUUCCAUUUUGCGCCGACCGGGCGGAUCCAGAUGGUUGGAGCACAGGAGGUUAAAGUAGAUGAAAAGGAAAAAGAAGAUUUGCGGACGUUGUUUGGGGAAGAAGGAAAGGAAGAAUUUUUAAAAAAGGCUUCUAGGAAGUCUUUGGAAGGUACUUUUGUGGACACAAACAAUGAUGUUACUAUGAGUAGUGACCAGAAUAAUGGUGAUAAUAAUUUUGUUAUUACUACUAUUACUACUAAUAAUAAUAAUACUACUACUAAUAAUAAUACUACUAAUAAUAAUAAUAAUAAUGACAAUAAUAAUUAUAAUAAUAAUAAUAAUAAUAACCAGAUAUAUUCUUCACCUCCUUCUAAUUUCUCACCACAACUACAACAACAAUUACAGCAGCCCUCGGCUUCCUUACCUCAACAACAUCUAGAAGAUCUUCCAACUCUGGCCACGGACGUAAUGCCGCUUAAAGCUCCGGUCUACAGAAGUGGUAAUCAAACUGGCAUGAACCGCAUGGAAAUUACAGCUGCUGCUGCUGCUACCAUAGCAAACUCGUCCAGCACCCAUCAGCACCAACAGCACCAACAACACCAGCAUAAUUCACGGCUCACCCAGUCCUCUUCAUUCUCUUCUUUUGCACUUUUUGCAGACAAGCACCGACCAUCUUUUUUCGGCUCAAAAUCUUCAAUACCCGUGACUCAAUCUUUAUCCCAGAUUAGUUCUAAUUUAACAGAUUCAUCUGCCCCUCUUCCUUCUCCUACUUCUCCUACUUCUCCUUCUUCUCUUACUUCUCCUACUUCUCUUACUUCUCUUACUUCUCCUACUUCUCCUAAUUUUCCUAAUUCUCCUGCUUCUCUUAAUUCUCCUGCUUCUUCUUCUUCUACUACAACUACAACUACUACUUCUACUCCUCCAUCGCAAAAAGCUAGAAAGAAACGCAGCAUGCUUAUCAAGCGCUCAUUUUCAUCUUCUGCUUCUCAGACCUUACCAGCAACGGCUACAGACCAGCAACUGCCGUCUUCUUUGGCAACUUCUUCUUCUUCUUCUUUUUCUUCUUCAGUCACUCAAACAACAACAACAACAACAACAACAACAACAACUCUAUUAACAGCUUCUACAACAGCUUCAUCCUUACAACCAGCUCAUCUACCAUACUCUCCUUCUACAGCUUCUACUCUUUCAGUCCAACAUCAUGACCCCCAACUUUCCCAAGUAUACUCCCCAGUAAACCCUACUCUUCCUCUUCAUCCAACAGACUCGGGCUCAUCUACUUAUACCUCAGCUUUAAACCAUAAACAAUCUUCAACCUUUCGCAGACCUUCCCAACAAGCCUUACAUCCACCAACAGCCCCAGCUUCGUCUGCCUCUUCCGGAACCUUGCUGGCAAGUAAAAGUCUUAGUAGCAUUAGUUCCAGCUUUUCUGUGCCUUCGACAAAAAACCCAUUUCGGUCUCGACAAGCUUCACUCGCUCAUCAUCAUCAUCCUCCUCCUCCUCCUUUACCUUCUGUAUCACAGUCAACCACAAAACACUAUCUCGACCGCGAAAUUGAAGAUAAGCUACGACUAUUGGCUGUCUCAGAAGUCAAGUUCGAUGAGGUGAUUGAGUUUGGAUUCCCCAUUCAUGUAGCCCCUGCAGACCUCCUGCUUCUCGGCUAUACCCCUGACCAAAUUCAAACACAGCAACAAACACAGCAACAACAACAGCAGCAGCAGCAACAACAACAAGCCUUGGAUGACCAAGAAAAUAAAAAGAAAAAGAGUAGUAAUGAAGAUGAUGAUUCAACAGCUGCUAGUCAACCUUCAGCCUGUUCUUCUUCUUCUUCUUUAUUAACCCCAGAAAAGAAACACUCUACAACUAGAUAUACACUACGGCCAGAUUCUCAAGCGUUUGUAGCAGCAGUCCCCCGAGAAAUGACUCUCAAAUUCACCCUCACUCCACCAACAAUGCGUGCAGAUGAAGCUAUUCUCUACGGUUGGCAAAGAGAUGCCUCGGCCACAGGUGACGACGAGGGCUCAACCCCACGCUUUUCGUUCGACACUGGGCUAGACGACGCGGGUGGCAGUGCGGCUGGCGGCGUGCGCAAGUCGUUAGACAGUUCUUAUGAAAGUAUGCAUGCAGGGGGUGGUGUCAGCACUACUAAUACUACUACUACUGUUACUGCCACUGCCACUGCCACUGCUGCUUCUACCUCUGCCUCUGUCUCUGCUUCUGCUGCAGGCUUGUUUUCGUCGUCAUCGUCAUCAUCAUUAUUAUCAUCACCAACAAUUUCUGGAACAAUGCCAGUAACCAGUGGAAUGACGGUGGUUGCACCUGGAGUCUAUGCUUAUGAUUCCAAUCACAAUCAAACAAAGGAAAACUCAUCUGGUGGAGGUAGCAGUGGAAUGAUUCCAGUGGGUGGGUUUGGAAAGGAUGGAAAUUCUAAAAAGAUUAUGAUGAAACGGGUCUUUGGCAAGUUUACUCCUAAGAGAGCUGGAGGAGGUGGCACCGGACAUGGUCACGGAGGGCCCUUUGGAGGUAGUAAACAUGGAGCUGGUCCUGCCAUGAUGAUUACAAGUGCUGAUGUGAGUCGGUAG